GGAAGAGCAGACAGCCAACAGCGUGACGUAGCAAGCUUUCUCCGCGGUACAGCACACCGCAGCAGCCCUCAGACCAAGACUGGUGACGUCAGACGGAUGGACCAAUCCGAAUCGCGUGUUAUUUCACACUGAUGUGUUUCCGUAUUGUUUACCUAAUGGACCAGUUUGAGUAAAAAUUCUAGCUUUAAGAUCUCUGAAAACUUAACACUUUUCAUUUGCUUUUCAUUGAUGGAAUAGUGCGCUCCAUGAUCCUGAUUUGAAUCCAGUUUUUAAAUACAAAUUUGGACAAAGACAACGGCAAGGAACUGAAAAAACGGAAUUAUCUCCCUUGCCAAGAUGCCCAUAGAGUUCAUAGACUUGGAGGAGUUAGUCAAAGGUUAUGCCGAGGAUUUUUUAGACAACGAUCAAAAGAAACAUGCGGACUUAAAGAACCCAGUCAUAGACUGGAAUAAGAUGCACGUCAUCUAUGGUGAGACCAAGUACACGAGACCUGAGGUCCCACCACAGCCGACCGCCCAUGUUUUGUUCUGUGCCAACUUUGCCAACAACACACCCAACAACCAGACGUACACACUGCGGACUGAGAGAAAGACGCGGUCCAGUAGUGAGAUCUGCUUCAUGAAGACCUUCACCUAUGGCGUCAACAUCCAGAUGAAGCUGACCCCACCCAACCCCAUCAUAGAGGCAAAUGCGGGCUUCAUGUCAGAGAUCACCAAACAGAAAGGCUACAGAGCCACUAACGAGCAGGAACUGACCUGGGCAGUGGACAGCGAGAUCUCUGUUCCACCAGGCUACAAGACCAAGGCUGAGCUGGUCUUCACAGAGGAUGACUUUAACGGUGACUUUGAGAUUCUCACAACAUUUGAAGGAAAGAUUUUAGUGACUUAUGAGAGCAAGAAGAGCAGGGACCAUAUAUCAACUGUCACGGUGCACGUGGCCAAAGUUUUCAACACCAAAUCAGGCUUCACGUUAGACGAUACAGGACGACCAACUUUCUUAGUGAGGGGCGUGUGCAAGUGUCGGUUUGGUGUAGAGCAGAAUGUCAACUUGACAGAGACACCACUCAACCAGUGAUAACAAAACUGUUAGAUCCUAUCUAAUUUUAAAUAAUCUUCAGCUUCUAGCUAACUUACACAAAAGAAGAAACUAUAUGACCUGUACAAGUUUUAAAGAACGCUGUUUUGGCUGCAA